AUGGCGCACGAAACUCGCGAGGCGAACGAGACUCACGGGAAUUUCCGUCCAGAGCCGGACGCUUUUCGUCAGGAUACUCGCGAGACGAACGAGGCGCACAAGAGUCACGAGGUCCACGGGCCGAUUCGGCAGGCGCGUUGCCAAGUCGCGUUGACAGAAGUGGCGGGUAUGGGGCGACAUGGGAGGGAAGGAUGCGAAACAGGGGAAGGAGGAGAGAGGGAUAUUGGAGUUGGCGGAGAGAGGUGGGAACAUUUGCAGCAGAUCGGCCGUGGGAUACCGGGAGGAAGCUUCGUUGUGGGCUCGCCUCCCAAGCGGUUACGGAACAGCUUGUUGGGAGGGGGGAGGGUCGAGGAGUGGGCAGGAAGGAGCAUGCGCGAUCGCGAGAACCAGGUUGUUGAGCCAGUUCUGAACGAGGGCUUUAACGUGCAGGGAGGCUUUAGGAAGGGGCAAGGGGAGUUGCCAGACGUCGCUCUUAAAAAAGAGCGUGAUAACGGGAUGGGAGGCGGGAGAGAGAGCGAUUGCCAGCGGGAGAGGUUAGAGUGUGAGAUCUACGAGGGGCUCUGCCUGGACCUUGCUGCUGCUGCUGACGAGGAGGCCUGCAGCGCUGACAGGGGCGCUGACGUGGCAGGCCAGCGUGGAGGACGUGCUGACGUGGCAGGGCAUGAUCUAGUUGGCAGCGAGGAGGCUCUGUGCAUAGGAGACGUUGCUGACCUGGACUUCAACAGGGGGGCAGGGGUUAAGGUGGGUGAGGGGCAUAGCGAGGUUCGGGGCGGUAUGGGUGCGGUGGAACUGGAUUCAAUGCGGUUGCUGGCGUCUCUCCCGUCUCUGAACUCCAGCGACCUCGCCGCUGCCCUGCCUGCCCUCGGCCAUGUCAACCCGCUGGCGAACACAGAGGGUGUUGUUGAGUCAACUCAGAAGCCACCUGCUCAAACCCAUGUUGGUCCACCUCACUGUUGGUCCACAGAAGGCUUCGCAGAAGACGCCUCUAAGCUGCCGGCUCACACAUGGGGUGGCUUUUCAGAGGGACUUCACCAGCAGCAGACGCAGUGCCUGCCAUCUGACCCGGCUGUAGCGGCAUCUGAUUCUCCAGCAGAAGCACCUGAUCCCGCUGUAGCAGCUUCGGAGCCGGCUGUAGCAGCUUCUGAGCCGGCUGUAGCAGCUUCUGAUCCGGCUGUAGCAGCUUCUGAUCCGGCUGUAGCAGCAAUUGAUCCGCCUGUCCAGGCAACUGAACAGGUUGCAACCAUUGCAACCGAACCGGCUGUAGCAGCACUCGACCUCCAUUCACCACCUCUGGAUCCGGCUGUAGCAGCACUGUCAGACAUUCAGUUGCCGCCCGGGUUCACAGAGGGCGAAGCAGCAACAGAGCACUUUCCCCCAUCCUGUGACCCUCCUGUUGAUACCCUAGACCCCCUCGUGGAAACCCAGAACCCCUUCGCAGUGACUGAGUCGACUCAAAAGCCACCACCGUUGUCUGACCCGCCUGUCGACACGCGAGACCCGUUUGUCGAAACCCAGAACCCUUUUGCCGACACCCUGAGCCCUCUAGUUGAUGCUGUGGAAAACGUGCUGGGCGGCCGCAGAGGGGAGCAAGAGCCUGCAGCAGGUGACACGGACACGGGAGGAGAGGGCCAGUUGAGCGAUACUAGCAGCGGCGUGAAGGCAGUCAGGGAGGAGGCAGGGGAUGAUCUGGUUCACGAGUCUCAUCCCGGGGUGAAGCAUGGGUUGGGUGUGGUGGAAGGGGGUACAGGUGCGCAUGCCAUGCUGCCGCCUGCAGGCAUGCUGGCGCCGCCCUACGAGCACAUGCGCCAGCCUGGCAUGGCUGUGACUCUAGCAGAUGUGCUUGACGCGAGGGAGCCGUCAGAGCAGGCAGGUGUGACUGUGGACGAGCAGGGGCUGGGGUCGCUGGGAUUUGCCACUUCGCCUCUUGAGGGGCUCGGCCGAGACGAGGGGCUGGGCUUUCAGCAGGAGCUGGGCUUUAAACAGGAGGUGGUGGGCUUUAAGCAGCAGCUGGGCCUUGGUCAGGGGCUGGGCUUUAAGCAGGGGCAAACUGGCAUGCAUGGGGAAGCAGCAGGGAGAGCAGCAGGAGGACGGGAUGACACUUCCAUCUCUCCCCCAGCAGCAGCAGGCGCCACCCAGGCCACUGCACCUGCCCAAGCCCCCGCCUCUCACACCCACUCACUCACAUUCUCCACACCUGCUCAGGUGACUCCUGCACUAGCCACUGCCCCACCUUGGUGCACCCUUACAGUCACACCUCCUGCCAGUGUCCCCUUGGCUGCUGAAGGGCAAGGUGAGGUGCACACACAGCGUGCAGGCUGUGACAAUAACGAGAUGCUGCUCAAGAUUGGAGGGGAGGGGACCAAGGAGGUGGUUGUAAGGCAGGGCAGCGGUGACUCAAACGAGGGAUUUUUAGCGGAAGUGAGUGCAGGGGAAGUUACAGUGGGGAUUAAGAGUGGAGAGGAUGUGACUGUAGUGAUGGGAAAGGGAGUGGCGAAAGUUUUCGCUGCAAGGGUGGAAAAGGGUGGAUAG